GCCGUGGCGGGGCAAGGUCAAGUUGCUGCGCGGUGGGGCCCGUGACACCAACUUCUCUUACAACUUCCAACGGCGGCCCGACUCCCAGCUGAGAAGCCACUCUCAGAUCACAAAGCAUUAAUUACCACUGCCACCGUGCGAGAUAAAACUCCGGCCCUGCCCCUGAUCCUGGCUGUGCUGCCCAGCCCCAUGGCGUCGUCGGCGCGGCGCCUCCGGCAGAUGCAGGCCAACUCCGGCCAGCUCCCCACCGCCGAGCCCCCGAGCCCGCUCGCCGUCGACUCCGACGUCGUCGUCAUCCUCGCCGCGCUGCUCUGCGCGCUCAUCUGCGUCGUCGGCCUCGCCGCCGUCACGCGGUGCGCGCGCUCCCGCGCGCCCGCCGGCGCGCAGGCCUCGGCCAAGGGGCUCGGGAAGAAAGCGCUCAGGGCGCUGCCCAAGCUCGCCUACGAGGACGCCGUUGCGGCGGCGGCCGCGGCGCGCGGGGGCUCCGCGGCCGCGGCGGCGGCAGGGGAGGACAAGAUCCUGGCCGAGUGCGCCAUCUGCCUGUCGGAGUUCGCGCCCAAGGAGGAGAUCCGCGUGCUGCCGCAGUGCGGCCACGGCUUCCACGUCGCGUGCGUGGACACAUGGCUCGGCGCGCACUCCUCCUGCCCUUCCUGCCGCCGCGUCCUCGUCGUCGACGAGACCCCCAACCGGCCGCCCGAGCCCAAGCGCCGCUGCCUCAAGUGCGAGGCGGCUAUGGAGGAGGCAGCCUCAUCGUCCAGUUCCGGCGGCGGUAGGGCUGCCGGUUUCCUAACCGGGUCGGCAAUCUUAGCUGAGAACUAAUUAUAUUCAAGUUGAACUGUAUGUAUGCAUGUAAAUAUUGAAAUUAUAUAUGUAGUGCUCUUCUAACAAUUUGAAAUGAAUGGAAAGAAUCAAUGUAUAGCUGCCA